UCCCCGUGUCCCCGUGGCUGAUGUCCCUGUGGUUGAUGUCCCCGUGUCCCCGUGGCUGAUGUCCCCCAUCCCCACGUCACCACCACACCCAUGCCUCUCACGUGUCCCUUCCCCACCCUAUUGUCCCCAUGUCCUCCACGGGGACACCCGAGGCCACCCCACCCCCUUGGGGACGUCCCCGUGUCCCUGUGGCUGAUGUCCCCAUCCUUGUCCCUCGCAGGUGGCUCCAGUGGCUCGUCCAACGACAACCGCAGCUACCGCUACAGCAACCGCUACUACGGGAGCGCGGCCCCCGCGCACACCGACUACGAGAUGCAGAGCCCCCAGGGCCACGUCAGCCCCGGGCCCUGCCCUGCCCCACAAGUUGCCCCAUCGCGGGCGGCGCCCCCCCCCCCCCCCCCAGCGGGGCGAAUCCUUCCGUCGCGCCCCGCGGGGCCGUGCCGGGAUAAAAGCUCCGGGUCACCGGGAGACACCGGGAAGGAGCUGACCGGCUGCAGAAUGCUGUCCCCACUCUCGGCCCUGCUGCUGCUGGCGGCGCUGGUGCUCCCUGCCAAAGCGAACACCAACAGCACGCGGGUUAUCGGGGGGCGCCCCUGCACCCCCAGGAGCCAGCCCUGGCAGGUGGCCCUCUUCAAGGACAUGCGGCUGCGCUGCGGCGGGACCCUCGUCCACCCCCAGUGGGUGCUCAGCGCCGCCCACUGCUACGUCCAAGGGCUGAUGAUGGUGCGUUUGGGCGAGUAUAAUCUGGGGAGCCUGGAUGGGACGGAGCAGUUUCGCCUGGCAAGUCGCCUCGUCCGCCACCCCAGAUACAACUACACCACCAAGGAGCACGACCUGAUGCUGGUGCAGCUGCGCCGGCCAGUGAAUUUGGGCCCCGCAGUGCGGAUCCUGCCCCUGGGCACCCGCUGCCCCGCAGCCGGCACCCCCUGCCUCGUCUCGGGCUGGGGAACCACGACCAGCCCCCAGGCGUCCUUCCCCAAGAUCCUGCACUGUGCCAACGUGACAGUGCAGCCUGAGGCGACAUGCCGGCGGGCGUACCCCCGCCUCUACACCUCCAACAUGCUCUGCGCGGGGGGCAUCAGCCCCGAGGGCAAGCCUGCCGACUCCUGCCAGGGGGACUCGGGGAGCCCCCUGGUCUGCGAGGGGCAGCUGCGGGGCAUCGUCUCGUGGGGUCCCUCCAUCUGCAGCGACCCCCAGCGCCCCGGGGUCUACGUCAACGUCUGCCGCUACAUCCCAUGGAUCCGCAGCGUCCUGCGGCAAAAUUAGGCACCAGCAGCACCCCCUCCAGCCCCCAGACCCUUAAUAAAAUCCUUUCUG